AUGAAAGAAACAAUCUCUGAGAAACUUGAGAAAUAUUUCUUUAACCUUCAAUAUGAAGAUUAUGAUAAGGCUGACCAAAAACUUAUUCAGCUUUUAUCUUUAGAAACUAAAGAAUGCGAAGAAUUGUAUCAAAAAGAACCCAAACUUUUUGAUCAAUAUUUUAGAAUGACUAAAAUAGAUGAACCUGAUACUGAAUCAGAACAAGAAGAUAACUUUAAAACUAAUACAAAGACUGUUAAGUUCGAAUAUUCAGAUAUGGAAGAUGAUGAAGCAGAAUCUUCUUAUACAGCCACAAGAAGAGGCAAUAAAAAGAAAUAUGAGUUCAAAAUGCCUGUACACAAUGGUAUUCCAGAUAGUAGCAAAGGACCCAAUACGAUCAAUAUACUCAAUAUUGAUUGUAUCCAAGAUCUAAAACUCAGAGAAAGAGUUGUAGAAAAAUGGGUUACUGAGAUUUCACUAAUCUUACAGACAAACCCAGAUGAAUUUGAAAAAGCAAAAAAUGUUCUUCUACUUUUAGAACACAAAACUGAUGGAAUUGUGCAAAAGUUCCUAAGAAACAAUAAUUGGAAUGAAGAUUUGCAUGGUUCAGAUCUUUUUGAUAAUCUCAUAAAUGUCAUAUACACUACUUUCUUAGGUCUUGAUUAUAUUUCUAAUAAAGACUUUACCAUUAAUAAGAAAGUUGACGUAGCAAGAGUUUCAAUGACAAAACUCCAAUUACAUGAUAUUAGUCUUCUCGACAAAUACACAUGUAUGUAUGAAUCAUAUCUAUAUGAUAUUCCCCAGAGAAGUGAAUAUGCACAAUGGAUAUCUGCUUAUCUAAUGAAAAUUCCAAUUAUUGGAGAAAUCUGUACUGAAAGAUGGAAAAAAGAAGCUACUGGAGAAAUCCAGCAAACCAGUCUUUCUUAUGCAACAAAAAUUGCAAAGGAAGAAAUUGAUAGAAUCUGUCAAGACAGAUAUAAACAACAAAAGCUCAAAACAAUAAGUUAUGAAGCUCUUGAAGAGGAGUAUGAAGGUAUACAACAUGUCUUUACAUUUCAUGUUGAAACUGAUUCUUCAUCAAAUUCUGAUGAAAACGAAUCAACCACGGAUGACUCAGACUAG